AUGGAUGCGGAGGUGUCAGAAACCUCACAGUAAAAAUAAGCUUUUUGCAAGCCAUAGUAAAUUUUUUAGCUGAAUUAAGGAGUGGAUAUAGCAACGCAGCUGGUUGUUACUGAAGUAUAAGGUCAUAGUGAUAUGGAAAGUUAAAUCUUGACAAAAAGAAAUAGCACUUAAGAAGAGCAGCAAGAAGAUGAAAAUUAAGCCAUAUUAAGUAAUAAUAAGCUUGAUGAAAGUAAUGAAGAAAAUCAAACAGAAUAACAUCUGCAAAAUAGUCAUUUAGGUGUUUUAAAGUAGAAUUAUGAAGAAACCAUUUAGCUUAAAAAUAAAAAUAUAGAAUAAUCAGAUAAAGAUUUGAGUUUGAAAUAUGGAUCAAAUAGUUAUCAAGAAAAUUAUAAUCUUUUUUAGACAUAUGACACUAAUUUUAAUUUGAAGAGGAAUUUAUUAUUUACACCGAAAGAUUUAAAAAGCUAAGCAAUGUACUCAUACGAUAUGCCACCUAAUUUAGAUGCUAUUUAGGAUUCAAGCAAUUAUACAUAAAAUUAAUUUAUCUCUUAAAGUCCUACUGACCUUACAUUAUCACAAUUAACAUCAAAAAGUUACUUCAUAAAUUCUAUUAUGAAAAAAAACUCAAAAGAAUUGAUAAAAUAGUAAAAAGAAUUAGAGGACAUUGUGCUUUAAUAAAAUUAACAAAAAAGAAAUGGAUUUACAAAGAACGAGAAAAUACAAUAAAAGAUGAUAAAAAAUUUUCAAAAUCAUUAAACAAAUAUGAAAGAUAAUUAUUUCUAAAUUUAUGAAUAAAAUCAACCAAAAAAACAAAAAAAAUUUAAUUUAUAGAGCUUUGAUAACAGUAAAUUUCAAGUUUGGAUGAAUUAAAAUCAAACAAGCAACAGUUCUAGGGAAGAUCUAAGUGAAUAAAAAAGUAAAAAGCUCGCAAUAUAUAAAGAUAAAGCUAAAAACAAGAGCUAAUUAAUUUAGCUUACUCCUAUUUUAGAAAAAAGCAAUAAAUAAGCUUAAUCUUAGAAAAUUUUUAAUAUAUUCUCAAACAAGUAAGAUAUACUCAAACACAAGUAAAAUAUAUCCUCAAAUGAAAUAUCUAAAGGUUAGAUUGAAUACGCAAAAUAGUAAAAAUAAUAAGAAAGAAAUUAAUUGCCGCUUGUAACUCAAUCCUUUUCAAAUUAAAAUAAUUUUUCAUUAGAUCACCAGAAAUAAAUAAACUUUUUCUAAUAAACAAGUAAAUAGCCCAUAAAGCAGAUUUAAAGCAGCAAAAUAAAUUCAACAAUUAAUUAACAACUUAAAAAUAACUCAUUUUAAGAAAUUUAAAAUACAAAAACAAAAACUUCAUCAAAAAAUUAAGAAAAGUUAAAUAACAUCUUGAAAGUAAAUGUAACAAAUAAUCCUUAAUAUAAAUAAAAAAAAUUAAUCUACUUUUCUAAAACUGAAAAUUCUGACAGAUCAAAUGAUGGUGAUGACUAAUUUUCAAUUUUUGAAAAUUAAAAUAAUGUAGACUCAGCGUAUUCUUAGUCUAAAGAAGUAAAUAGCCUAAGAUAAAUUAAAAAAAAUGAUUUAAUCUUUGAACAAAUUUAAAUUGAUUAACGAGAGAAUAAAGAAAUAUAAUUUAGAAUAAAAAAAGAAUAAAAAAAUAAUAAUCAUCAAUAGAAGUAAAUUGAAACAUUUUAAAAUAACCAAGUUAACAAGCCAAUAAUUUUUGAGAUCAAUAAAUAACUAAAUUUAAUUAAUGCUUCAGAAAAUAAAUUAAAUUAAUAGAACGAAUAAAAUUAAUUAUUUUAGAAAGAACAGAGUUAUGAAAUAAAUGAAAAAAUUAAUUUAGACACUCCAAAAAAUAAUCAUUUAAAAAUAAGCUAGAGUGAAGAUGGAAAAUGGAAGAUAGAAAAUUCUGACAAUAUGGAUAUGGAAGCAAGUAGGUCUUCUUCUAUGAAUUAAAAUAAAAUUAAUUUUAGAAAGCAGUCUUCAUAGCUUUCUCCUAGCGUAUUCAGUAUAAAUACACAUAAUACUCUUUUAAAUUAAAAUGUGAUUGAUAACUCUAAUAACAAUAAUGAAAUUAAUAAAUAAUUUUCUAUUACAAAAAAAAGAAGCCUUUCAGAUAAUUCAUUAGAUGAUAUAAAACUACAAUAUUCUGUUGAAAUUCACCACAUAAAAAGCAGUGAAAACUUAAAAAAUUAAUAAACAAAUAAUCAAGAUUAGAACUACAAAUAAUAGAGGUAAGUGUCAAUUUAACAAAAUGAUAGAAGUCUGAAUGAUAUUCCUUUAAAUUAAAAUACUUCAACUUCUAUUAUUUCUUAGAAAAAUAUUGAAAUAAAUUCUAAUAACAUUCAACAAAGUCAUUUUUAAAAUAAAUCUUCUGAUAUUUUCAACGAGCUACCAACUAAUAGGAUUUCAUCUUUAAAAUAUAUUGAUAAUUAAUAUGAAAAAUAUAGUCAAAAUGAACAGAUUUAACUAUAAAAAUAACAGUCAUAACAAUAAUAAUAAAGAGAUUAUUAAAUAAUAUCUAUAAAUUCAUAAUCUGUAAAUAAUCAAACCAAUCCAAAUUAAGGAAGCUUAGAAAAAAAUGUUAAAAAUAACAAUUAAGAGUAAAAUAAUUUCAAUAAAGAAAAUGAGAACGUCAAAAUUGUACUGAAAAUUAUUGAGAGUAGUGCAAAUUCAGAUUCUACAAAUGUAGAGUAAUAAGUAUAAAAUAAAUUGUCACAAAAUUUAGAAAAUGUAAACAAAAAUAGUCAUACUACUGAAUAUUGUUAAGACUAAGACAUUUUAUAGUAGUAAGAUUAAAUGAAAAAUGAAAAAAUAGAUUUUAGCAUGACCACAGUUUAAGAAAAAUCAGAAGCUACAUCUAAUAAAUCAAUACACAUUAAUUAAAAUGAAUUUUCAACUCUGUAAAGAAGAAAGAGCAAUCCCACUUUAAAAAAUUACCAAAUUCCAGAUUCUUCUAAUGCUAUGCAAAAUUAAAAUAUAAAAGAAGAUUAAUCUGUUUAAUCCACGAAAAAACUCUCUAUUUCUUAAUCAGCUUUAAAUGAAGUCAAAGAUGAAGAAGAAAUAACAUCAAAAAGUAGUAUUGAUGGUAAUUUAAAGUUUGAUGAAAAUAAAAAAUUGAAUAAAGAAGAAUAAAUAAUUUUAUAUGAUAGCAUGUAAAAUAUUUUUCCUCAAUAAUUAAGUAAUAUUUCAUUAAAUAUUGAUCAGGACUAAAUUUGCAAUUAGCAAAGCGAUAAGACGAUAAAAAUUAAUUCAUCAGCUUAGCUGCUGGAUAAAGAAAAAUAAUAGUUUAGAAUGAGAAGCGAAACCUUUAAGGGAAAACAGUAAGCUGAAUUGUAUAUCAAUGUAAUGCCUCCAGAUAAUAAUACUCCGUAAUCGAUACAAAAUAUAUAGGAAGUUCAAAACUUUUCAUAAUUAAAUAGAAAUUUUGAAAAUGGAACUGAUAAAUCUAAUGAAAUAAAGCUAUUCAGUAGUUAAAAUUUACAGGAUGAUAAAAGUGAAUAAGAAUAUAAAUAAUUAUAAAUUUAAAUUGAUAAAUGUAAAUAAUAAAGUUAAACUUUUUCCUCAAAGAAUUUAGAUGAGAUUAGUUAAGGAGGAAGUAAAAAAAAUAUUCCUUUAAUUAAUAAUCUACAAAUUUAGUCAAUCAAUAACAAAGAUAACUAAAUUGAUUUUAAUCUUAAGUUAUAAUAAAAAUUAAAUAUUGAGAAAAAUACUAAUUACUAAAAGCUUAAUAGAUUUGUUCAGUCAAGUGAUGAUUAAUUAGAUAAUCACUCCUAUUGGGAUGAGAAUGAUAAAAAUUAAAGGACUGAGUAACAAUCAAACACCACAAAGCACAGUUAAAGAAAAAAUACAAAUUAGAAUGACAGUCCACAUUCUAGCUUUAAUCAAGAAUAAGACAGUCCUGCUUUAAGUUUGAAAAAAUAGCUUUAAUCAAGAAAAAUUACAUAAAUUUAAUCAAAUAACUCAUUAUAACACGAGGAAUAUUAAAAAAUAUCAUAGAAAACAUCCAUAGAUAAUAAUAAUAGCCGCAGAUCAUCACUAUUAACUCCAUAGUAGAUUAAAUAGGCAAAAAAAGAGAGUCGUUUUUAAACUCGCCUGAGUAAUUUUAAUUAGUAGUUCUUUGAAGCUGAAGACUCUCUAAUUUUAAAUAUAUACGGCUAAGAAACAGAUAAAUAAAUUUAACUGAAUGGGUUGUGCAACUUUAAUGAGAAUUAAAGUAUUAAUUAAGGAUUCAAAACUGAUUUAGAAGUUAGUUAAAAUAAUGCAGUCACAUCAGAGAAUGAUUAAAUUAAUUAAUCUAUAAAUGCAAAUGCACACUAAAAAGAUAGUUCUAUGAAGAAAUUAAUCAAUUAAAUAGAAUGUUUCCAACAGAAUCCUUACCUGGAAUCUUUUGAUUCAAACAAAGGCAAUAACAUGUUUUAAAAGAAUGUUAAAACAUUAUUUAGAAAAAUCAAUUAAUACUUUAAAACAAAAUAUCACUAAGAAAAUUUUGGAUUUGAUGGGUCAAAAUCAACUGACACUAAAAAUGGUUAAUAAGAGGGGAAUUAAAAUAAAAUUUAAUAAAACAUUCCCAGAAUUUCUCUUCAAAAUGGAUUUGCUGUUGCAUCAGAAAAGUUAAUUUGGAAGGGUAAAAAUAGUAUUCAAAGCGAUUUAGGGUAAUCUGAGGAUUUAGAGUAGGAGGAAAAGUAAAUCAAUUAAAACAUAGAACUUAAAAAGAGUGAUAUUGAAAAACUAAAUUAGAGACUUCAACGAAACAGCAAAGUUCCUGACAAAUUCAACAACUAAAAAGCAGAAGAUACUCCUUCUUAAAGAGAAAUAAUAGUAGGACUUGAUAAACAAUCAACGUUAGAUAGAGUAAAUGGUUUUGUUAGAAACAGUAAAAAAAAGUAAAGCUAAAAGCUUGUAAUUUAAAUAAAUCCACCAGCAGACGAACCCACUUAAAUUUAGAUUCCUCAUAUCAAGCUAGAUUUUUCUGCAAUAAAAAAGAAGAAUGGAAAUACUGAGUUUGUCCUUAAUCAAAACAACAACAAAGAAGCUGAAUCAUUAGAGAGUAGUAAUGAAGACGAGGAUGAAAUGGAUGAUUUAAAGAAUGAUAGCUAAGUUCCAAACAACUUCGGUUAUAAUAAUGAAUAUAUAGAAAAACAUAGCAGCUAAGUAUUAGAUUUUUUAAACUAAAGUGGGAGUUCGUGGGAUGAAUAAGAGUUUAAUUCAUAAUUUAUUCCUUCAGAAUAAAAUUAAGCAAAACUGCUCAAUAAAAUGCACAAAAUAUCAAUCAGAAAAAUUGAUAGCUACAUAAAAGAUAGACAUAAUAAGUUAAGCCUUGUUAGUGAGCAAUCUUAAGAAUAAAAAUUGAGCACUCUAAAAUUUCUUGAUUAAAAUUCUUGGAGAUUUGUUAAAAAUUAUUAAAUUACUUAUUUGGAAAAACAGAUUGACAAAGACUUUUUUUUCAAAGUUUCAAGAUUAAGGAAUGUGUUGAAAAACAUAAAAAGUAAAGUAGAUCCAUCUGAUAGAUUCAAACUAGAUUCUAUAAUUGCUUUAAAUUAGACAAACAUUAAUGCUGGAGAAAUAUUCUUACAAAAAGAUAGAGCUGUUGAGAGUAAAGCAAGCAAGGUUAUGCAGUAGUCUAUCUGUUUGAGUGAUUCUAGAGAAAACGAAAGUUAUGAUUUUUAUAAUAAAGAUCCUUACGAACAUUAAUUUUAGGAGGAUUUGGUAAGUGAAUAGUUCUUAGAUGAUAAAAAGAGAAAGAAGGAUGAAUGUAGCCAAGAAAGUAGCAGCGACGAAAGUUUUACUUCUGAAAGCAGUGACGAAGUAGAAGAAGUAGAAAUGGAAGAAUAUUAUCCCAUUAGUGAUUAAGAUAAAGAUUUAAACGAUAGAACUUAGUUUUUGUAUGACGAAGAAGAUUACGAAGGAGGCAGAUCAAGCUAUUAGUUAAACGAAGGAUACUUAGAGCCUGUAAUGACGAAUGAAUCUUCUAACAUGUUCACACAGCUAUAUGAAGAAAUUUAACCUGUGCUAAGUGGCAUUGAAAAUGAUUAGAUAAAUGAUAUCCUAAAAACUCGUAAAAACGAUAAAAAAGCACAUUAAGAAAUCAUUUAGCAAAGUUAAAUUGAAAAAAAGUUUAAAACUAUCAACAAAAUGGUUGCCUAGCUGGAUAUUAAGAGCUCUUAAACAGAUAUGAGAAAUAUUUAAAGUGAAUAUAACGAAUUGUUAGAAGGAGAUUUUUAAGACAAUUAAAGAAUAGACCAUGACUUCUUUAGAAAAGAUUUUUUGAAGCAAUAACAAAACUAAUUUAACAAAUUUGUAAAUAAUUAUAAGUAUUUUAAAGGCAAGCUAAUUUAGAAUUAAUAGAAAAAAUCUAAUUUGGAUAGUUCUGUAAUUGGAAUAGGCUCUUCUACCUUAGGUCUUCCACUUAAUAGAUAAAACUUGAAAGAAAAAUCGCCAAAAUCAAUUGCAGACAAUAACCUUGAAAUAGUUUCUUUGAAUAAAUACAAAAGACAAGACUCUAAAAACUCUUAGCAUUAAAAUUUUUAGCAAUCUUUCAAUUUAUAUAAUUAAUAAUAGCAAUAGCAUUCUACUUUAUCAACCUAACCGGGAAGCUUACAAUAACAAUAAAUGUAAAUAUAACCAACCUAUGCAUAGCAAUACUAUUAAUAAUCUCAUUUAUUAUAACAUUAAUUUAAUACAUUACAGUAAAAUGCUUCACCUUAAUAAAAUAAUUUUAUUUAAAAUAAUACUCUACCAACUCACCAUGUUCACUAUAACACUGUUUCUCCUUCCAAUUAAAACGCAAAUUAGUAAUAGAAAUAGUCAUUUUCUAGUGGCGUAGAUACAAAUUUAUACACAGGAUCUUUUAUGAAGAAUAUUUAAAAUAGAGGAUUUACUCAAAGUUUGAAAAAUUUCUCUAGUAUACCAAAUAGAGGAGAAGGAACAUCAAAGAACUAGAUUACAAUAAAAGCCGAAGAUGAUCCUAAAGCUUUUAAAAAUAUAUAAAAAAUAAAUAUACAUCAAUAGCAAAUAUCUGAAAUCUACCCUUCAUAUUCAAGUAUUUAAGGUGGCAGCUACAAUAAAACUUCUACUUUGCAAUCACAACAAUCAGCAUUUAAUCAAUCUGAUUCACUUCACAAUAAAGAAAUUUUAAAUCAAGAAAAUAGUAAGCAGCCUAUUAAAAACCAAGAAAAUUAAGUAUUCAGUCUCUAAAAGGUUAGCACGAACUAAUCAGCAGACGAAAACUAGCUUACAGCUCCUUCUCCGACUCAGAUAAGUAUUAAAAAAGAUUUAAGAUCUACAGGAAGGAAGAGAUCAAUAUUUAAUACAGAAAACUCUUAAAGUCAACCGAAUAUUGCUAUAGAUUUAAAUAAAAAUCAUCAUACUCCACCAUAACUCCAUUCACCUAUCUUUGCCAAUAAUCAAAAUUAAGGAAACUCUUAAUUUGGAUAAAGGGUUUCGAAUUAAUUCAAAAAUAAUUACUUUUUUUAAUAACCUUAGCCAGUUAAUAAUCUCACGCCACAACUUUAAAUAUCUCAUUAAGCUUCUCUAAUAUAAAGGCAAAGUAUUGGCUCUAAUUAAACAUAAAAUCCUACUUAUUACACUAACUUAUAGUAACAGCAACAACAGUAAUAUCAAAGUUAAUAAAUAAAUACUGCUAUUUAGCUUACAUCACCUAGUGAUAUUAUUUAAUCACCUUAUAGAUAACCAGCUCGCACUGGAACUCUUAAUUCAUAUGGUUCUUUGAAUAGUUAGAAUAAUCAAAAUGGAAUGAGUAAUUAAUUAACUUUGUAGACUUAAAUGCAAAAUUAAAUAAAUACUCCUACUAAUAACUAAAUUUCAUAAAUAAUUGGAAGCGGAAAAGUGUAAACGAACGCUCUUGGGGCAUAAUUAAACUUCAAUUAACAAGGGUUAGUAAACUAGUAUUAAAUUAACAACUCUAGGCUACAGAUAAAUACGGAGGCCUAGACUCCUCAUAAGCUAGCUCUAUUUUCUUCAUUUUCAGUCAAAAAGGACAUUGAAAAAGCAACCUCUAUGGACAGAUAGAACUUAGUAAUGAGGACUAAGCUUUAGCAAAGUAUAAGAAAGAGCUAAUUAAGUUAGAAGGAUUAAGUAUUUGCAGCUAUCAAAGAAAAUAAUAUCCAUGAGAUUGAAGAUUUGUUAAAUCAAUAUCACACACUUUCACUAGAAUCAAAAGACGAUGAGGGAAACACGUUUAUAAUAAUAGCAGCAUAGGUAGGGAGUAAAGAAAUAGUAGAAUAUCUAUUCUAGAAAGGAGCUGAUAUUAAUGCUUCUAAUAAUGAAGGUGAUACAGCACUUCACAAAGCUAACUUUUACAAAUAUCACAAUGUGGCUGACUUCUUAAUUUAAAAAGGCGCAUUAUAAAACAAAGCGAACAACAUAGGUCUAAAUCCGUGGGCAAGCUAUAAUUAACCAAAGAGAUGA